AUGUUUCUAAAAACAACUGUGUAUUUGAAGAAGGCUCUAGAAUGGUUGCAGCAGGACGCUGAAGGAGCGCUCAAUACACACGGUUUGGAUCAUCAGAACAAUGUGUUCCACGACUGCAAUAUAUUCGGUACGUGCCUCGACAAGCAGUCGCCGAGGGAUGCUUGGCCUGACCCAGUUCGCGAUUUGGCGUACUGGGCUGGCGGAUUGGCCAACAUGACGCCGGAACUAUGCAAGACCACAAUGUGCACUGGAGUGCCAGGUAAUAGUUCCGCAUCGUUCUACUUCAGUGUGCAGUACUCGCGGGAUUGUUUCUGCGACAGUACAGCCCCCGUACGGAGAGAGCUCAGACAGUGA